UAGCUAAUUUCUUGAGCCGCGUCCUCGUCUUGCAGAGAUGACGUAACGUCUGGAAAAUACGUCACUGGUGCCAUGACACGUGCUGCCGCCCAUUGUUGAAGUUUCAGAAUCGCUGUUGGCAAGUGUUUGAACUCGACAAUUGAAAUUGCUCCAAUUGGUCGAGCCUUUAAACAGAAUAUGCGAGACGUCGUUGUCGGCCAAUCAACGACGAGGACAGACGGACGCGCGGCACCGUUACGGUACGGUCGAUUAUCAAGUUUUUUCAAAGCCCAUAAUUCGUUAGUAGCGGUUUAUGCGUUCACUUGAAGGUUUUGAAUAAAUUUAAGGGCGAUGUGUCGAAUAAUAAAUGUGGAAAGCACUGUUGUCAAGUGAGAUUGAUGGGUUGGCAGUUCUUCUGUGACGAUUCAGGCGCUUUUCACGAUGCGGCGGACGUCUCGGAAACUAAUCGGCAUGGAUCGCGCUCCAUGUUCGGCCGAGGAAGCAAUGCGGUGUCCCCGCGGAUAGGGCGUGCAGUUCUCGUGUAGUACCUCGCCGUUUUUUUUCGCGAAUAGUGAAGGUGUCGUGAAUCGGCCAGUGUCCGGGACAACAAUAAAUCGUGAAAUCCCGGUCGGAUCGUCGAGUGUUUAUAAAGUGAUUUGUGAAUAUUGUGGAUGGUGUGCGGUUACGACGCGAAUGAGGUGAAUGCUCGGCGGCAGUGUGCGGUGCAGAAAACCGCCAAAAUUCUCCUUUACAUAUGAAAAAUUACAAAUUAUCAAACGGGGAGAAGCUGUUUCUGGUGUUUUUGUGAUCUGGAUGUGCCAGUGCGCGAUACUGGAGGUGUUCAACGCAUUUGUUAUUAUUUUGCUGCGGUGCUUUUGACCCGAAAGCGGGCGAGUUCACUCGAGCCCGUCUAGAGGGGUGUCCGGUGCCUCGUCUGCAACGGCUGCCCACGGCACGCAACUUCGAUAUUCCCUGGUAACGCUUCGACACCGAGGAAUCUGCUUCGAUAUUUCGGUUCCACUGAGGAUUAUUCGAUAUUUGCCGACUACCGGAAAAGAGUAAGUGUGGAGAAAGAUGCAAAUGUGGAGAUAUCGCGUUGCCGAGAUAAUUAGCAACAGAAACCGAAACGGAAGCGAAUUUACCGAUAAUAACGAUUUGCGGACGAUCAAUAACAGCAAUUAAGAAAAUUUAAAGCUGCAUUAUAAAAACCAACAAAAAAAAAAAAAAAACUCGUCGAACUCAACAACUUGAACCGAAUCUAUAAACAAUAAAAACAAAAAGAGAGAAAUAUAAACCGACAAAAGAUAGGAGAAAGAGAGAGAAUACCAAUAAUAAAUAAUAACAACAAUAACAGUAACAAUAAAUCGAAAAACAAAAAUAGUAUAAAAUAGAAUAACACAAAAAAAAAAAAAACCGACUGAAGUCUCAACCUAAAUAAAUUGCAACAAAUCACCGCCAAAGUAGGGUUAAAAAGAAGAAAAAUAAACGUUAGUGUAUAUAAGAGCUAUUUUUCCUACGAAAAACACAACAAAUGAUAAAAAUCAUCAAUAAUAAGCAAAGUAAAUGAAUAAAAAAAAUUAUAACACAAACAGAUAUUUCUAACUUUCGGUAAAAAUUUACACAAAAUAUCGUUGUAAAACGUGAAUACUGCCGAUAGAAGAGAGAGCGAGGAAGAGAGGCACCUGAAUCUCGUUUUCAACCCUCACGGUUUACAAAUGCAACUAGCUUAUGUUGUGGCCUAUGAAAGUUUUAUAUAUGGGCCUAAAUUGCCGAAUAGAUCUCAAAAUAAAUAUAUAACAUCAAAGAAGCUCAGUGAUUUUGAUGAAUCACGAAUUGGUAUUUUUCUAAAAAUCUGAUUAAAUUGUUGGAAACGUAAUAAAUAUUCGUCUCAUUAUAUCUAUCUGCAGUGCAGGACGAGAGAGGGAGAAAAGAUAUGUUUUGUAAACGUCAGUUGGAGGCGAGUGCAGCGUUUAACUUGUCCAACGUCAAGUAAGAAAAGACAAGGAAAAGAACGAGAAAAUAGAAGAACAAAUAACUAUUAUAGCAUAAAACAAAAAUUCGAAACUAAACCCAAGCGGAGAAACUGUUCCGUUUUUGGUGCAGAGAUAUUAAUUUUGUUUCUUAUUGUUAGUCUUUUACUUCUCGUUUAUUCUACAUCAUCGUUAUCGGUUUAUUUUAACUACAGUACAAAAAUUGAAGUAGAUUGAAAGAAAAAAAAAAAAUGAAUAAGUAAAAAACCAAAAAAAAUAACUGACAGAAAAACAUUAAAACUCAAAUACCAUAAGUUUGUAAACGUAAAAAAGAAAAACGACGCGGUUUUAAACAUAUUCUAUCUCAAAAAAGUGGUUAUCAUUUUUAAGGAGUUGCAAGGUGAAAAUCAUAACGCGAGAUUAUACAUCGUAUAAUAAGUGCACACAUUAAAAUACAUAGUCUGCACAUCAGGGUGAAUAUCGAGAGAACUCAGAAAAAACAAAAUAAGAGACUGGAAGCCGAGCAACCCAGUGGCCUGCGAGCCAAAUGUUAUGAACGUUUGAGAACUGCCGUUGGCAGUCGGGGGCGCGGGUAUGGAGUAUGGGGGUGGAGGGGGUGGAGGAGGUCGCGGGGGCGUACAACCCCCGGCAGGGGCAAGAGGAAUAGCAGGCACCGACACUACCGAUGCAGCGUGGCACAAGCACGAGCAGAUGAUCCUAAUGGAAUCCAGGCACAAGCAACAAAUGACCGGAAGGCCUGCGGUGGGUGGAGCACCACUCUACGGUCGACUAGUCGCUGAGGAACCCCUGCCGUCCGCUGUCUGCGUUGGCACCGGCGGGGGCGUCGGGACGGCGCCGGGGGAAACCCCCGCUGACAUCCACGCGAUGCAGGCAAGAAUACCUCACCGGUUUCGAGACCCUGCAACGGCACCCCUUCGAAAGCUUAGCGUGGACCUCAUCAAGACGUACAAACACAUCAACGAGGUAUACUAUGCCAAGAAGAAAAGAAGGGCGCAACAAAUGCAGGGUGAAGAUGGGUCGCAUAAAAAAGAGAGAAAACUUUAUAACGAUGGAUGGGAUGAUGAUAAUCACGAUUACAUCAUCAAAAAUGGCGAGAAGUUCCUUGAUCGAUAUGAAAUCGAUUCUUUAAUAGGAAAAGGAAGCUUUGGCCAGGUAGUCAAAGCUUUCGAUCACGAGGAGCAGACCCAGGUGGCGAUAAAAAUUAUCAAAAAUAAAAAACCCUUCCUUAAUCAGGCCCAAAUCGAAGUCAGGUUACUGGAAAUGAUGAACAGAGCGGACACCGACAACAAGUAUUAUAUAGUUAAAUUGAAAAGGCAUUUCAUGUGGCGAAAUCACCUGUGUUUGGUAUUUGAGCUGCUUUCCUAUAAUCUGUACGAUUUGUUGAGAAAUACGAACUUCCGAGGGGUAUCGCUCAACCUAACGAGAAAGUUUGCCCAGCAACUAUGCACUGCCCUCAUGUUUCUGUCCACACCGGAAUUGAAUAUCAUUCACUGUGAUCUGAAGCCUGAAAAUAUCUUGCUUUGUAAUCCAAAACGGAGUGCAAUCAAGAUUGUAGAUUUUGGAAGCUCGUGUCAACUCGGACAGAGGAUAUAUCAGUAUAUUCAAUCUAGGUUUUAUCGCUCACCCGAGGUGUUACUUGGAAUACCGUAUGACCUAGCGAUAGAUAUGUGGAGCCUUGGGUGCAUCUUGGUGGAAAUGCACACCGGAGAACCCCUUUUUAGUGGUGCUAAUGAGGUUGACCAAAUGAACAAAAUUGUUGAGGUUCUGGGAAUGCCACCUAAGCACAUACUGGACCAGGCACACAAGGCACGAAAGUACUUUGACAAAAUUCUGACGGACGGCUCCUAUGUCCUUAAAAAAUCAAAAGAUGGAAAAAAAUACAAGUUGCCCGGAACACGGCGAUUACAUGACAUUCUAGGGGUAGAAAAUGGGGGUCCGGGUGGUAGACGAUUAGGUGAAUCAGGACAUUCAAUCUCAGAUUACCUCAAAUUCAAAGAUUUGAUAUUGAGAAUGUUGGACUUCGAUCCAAAAACGAGAGUAACGCCUUAUUAUGCGCUCCAACAUAACUUUUUCAAAAGAACAGCUGAUGAAGGGACCAACACAAACAUAGCCGCAGCUAAUAGCGCCAAUACCAGUCCAGCAGUGGUUUCAAUGAGCCAGGAUCACGGACUGGUAACUAUGUCAGGACAGAGCAGCGGCAGCAGCAGCCUAAUGCAAAUGCCAAGCCUCCCUGGUGGCUAUCAACCAAUGGAGUUUGAAUAUUCACCCCGUCACUCGGGUAGCCGGCGUGCCAUAACUUCGCGUUAUUCGUCAACAGCCACCGGGGUCCCUACCUCUGCCCCAUCUUCCAUUCCAUCCAUGGAUGGGUCCUUGAUCCAAAGCUCUCUCAGCUCCUACAAUAGCCUGAUACUUCCCGGCAUACCUCAUUUGCCUAGCAUGAUGGCUUCUCCCAUGAUUCAACAACAAAACUACUACAAUUAUGGAUAUCCAGCAGGCGAUGCGCACGGUAUGGUGAGGCAACCUUCAACAGUGGCAUCUGGGAAGCAAAGGGAUCCAGAAAGAGAAGACAGUCCAAUGGUGGGUGUGUGCGUGCAACAAAGUCCGGUUGCCAUCCAUUGAAUAAGGUCGCAAUGACAAAUGUGGCACAAGCAACACACUGCGAAAUGUCGUGAUUUUAAAUCGACAAUAGGUAAUUGUGUGACGACAAUUUCAGAGUCCAUGAAAUUGUAUUAAAGUAUUGCUAGACAUUGAUGAAAGGAAGCAAGCGUGGAAACAAAUUGAAAUCCAUACUGGAACUAAAUCAAUAAAUAAUAUUAAUCAUUGAACAUCAUUGCGAAUUGCUAUCAAAUUCAAGCUUUGAUUAUUUUUUUGCGUUGAUACCGUUUGAAUUGGUUGGCAACGUGAAUUAAUCUUGGAUAAAAUAACAAGUCUGAAACUCAUUCAAAAACAAUUUGAUAUAAUAGACAACUCUACAGAUUAGAGACACAUUGACGCAAUCGAUGAUCUACAAAAAAUAAAUAUGCAGCGUGUGUACAUAUGGAUAAGUGAGGAAAAUUAUGUAAAGAAAAAAAUGUUAAGACAAAAGAAGAGACAUCUAUAGUAUGGAAGAAUAUCAAAGACGCGAUAUGGCACAUUCACAUGUAGGUUCAGAAAAUCUACUCCAGCGAUUCAACCUUAUUUCCAUUCUUUCUUGAAGGAUUCAGAACCUUGGAUGUCCAUUGAGGCAUUUUAUGUUGUACACGUCCUGAUGUGAUUAAUUGAUUUCCUGACCAUUGAACAUGAUGAAAAUGAAAAAAAAAACUACUUUUAAAAUUGCAAAGUAGACAAACUGGAUAGUGGGAAAAUGGAGAAAAGACAUUUUCCAGUAAUGAAAUAAGAAAAGACACGACAGUUUUAUGGAAAGGACUGACCUGGCAGUGGGUGAAGCUGACGAUCAACGGAGAGAUUAAUAACUGUUCUAAAGCGGACAGACACGGCCUAGUGCGGAUGAACCAAAUUGGCCCUUUGGGUCCUGCCCGAUUAAAAUGAACAUUCACAUGGUUUGAUCGGUAUCUGAUAGAAAUAAUAUCGGCAUCCCAACUGUGUGGCCUAGAGAGCAAGAAAAGUGAUAAUUAUUAUUACUACAUAAAAAUAACAAUGUAAUCAUGUACUCCAUAGAGUUUUAUACACAGUGUCACGAAUGUAAUGGUUAGCAAUUAAUAAUGAGAAAGAAGACAGUCGCGUUGAAUGCUAGAUAUUUGUACAAUACACUUAGGUGAACGAUAAGAGAGUGCAGCUUUAGGGAUUAGCAUUUAAGUAUAAAGCUAUAAAACUGACUCUUUUAUUUACUUCAUUAACCGUAUCGUCUAGUACGAUACUUGCGCAAAAAUCAGUUUGUUGUUGAAAAGGACUUUAAACGAACGAGGCUUGCGCGGCUUAACAAUACAUAUUUAUACAUAAAAAAGCAUUAAUAAGGAAGUUAACAUAUACAUGUAAGGUUGAUGAAGAAUGGUAUAAUCAUACGAGAACUAGAUACUUUAUAAUAAACAAUACCGGCUAUCACAUGUGUAUAACAUAUACAUACAUAUAUUUCCAGUGACCGUUAUUGAUUUUUGCCGUUUGCUCAUAUUACUCUGCUUAUGCCACUUUUAUAAACUCAAAAACCCCUUAUCGGUUGUUUUGAAAUCCUAGAUGUUUGCCAAAAUAAACAUUACUGAGCCCUGUUUGAAGUUAUUAUUUUUCUUAGAAAAAAACUGCAUUAUCCGCAUUAUUUCUUGGGGCCAUGUCCUUCCGAAUUCGUGACAAUUUACCAUGAUAUAUUUUUAAACUUGAAAUAAUACACACGACAUGACUAAGACAUUGUUUCUCUUUUCUCCUCUUUAUGUAGCUACCACACGAAAAAUAUCGCUUGCAAGCAAAUAUUAAGUCUUACAUUGCUUGUUAGAACCAUCCGAUGGAUCAACUGUAUUAUCGCGGUUCUAUAUUUUCACGUAAUCGAUGUAAACAAGCUUAGAGAAUUAACAAAUUUUGCUUGUGUAGCGAUAUCUUCCAUUCUUGUGCAAUAGCUACCUCAAGGAGACAGAUAAUUUUCAUGGUAAUAAAUUACAUCGUUAAAGCACAGAAAAUGCAGAUAUAUUUCAUUCUUACUAUUGAGCUUCUCAAUAUGAAGUAGGAUACUAGUUUACGAACAAAUAAUAAUUAUUUCAAAAUCGGUCAGAUUAUAUCUAUGACCAUGUUAUAAUUUAAUAUCAAUUCAUCAUGCACGUUGAACACAUGGAAAUUGAUUAUUUAUAUACAAGGGGUAUCAUAGCCUGCUGGCACCUUUAAGGUAUAUUGUGGUGCAGAUAGGAAAUAAAAUAUCCGCAUUUGUAAGGGAAAGUCGAGAUUAUUGAAAAUGUUUAGAAUUUUCGAUGAUAAAUUCUCUCAUCUUCAAGAUUUCAUCGAACGGCAAGAAUCAGUACAUUUCACAACCAAAUAUCUUCAUAGUUUCACACAAAUUUAGUUUUCCAAAUCCUUCUUAUGUAAACCUGCGCUUGAGAGUCACAGGGUGUGUACCUUAGUCUGAAACUACAUUAUAAAUUUCAUUCCUUAAAACCCUCGUGUAAAAAGGUACUUUUUCUUUUACUUGUUUCGCGAACUGUCCCUCAAAAUUAUAUGUUGUUCAUCAGUAUAACUUUCGACAAACUUGCAAGCAGAUAACUUGUAGGAUUAUGAGAUAAACUUUCACUCCAAUAAUAUACAUAUGUAUAGCGCAAACCCUGUGAUUCCCAAGAAUACAAUGAUUCUCGACAAUGUAUCGAAGUCUUCGUUUUUUUUUAAUGAUUGUUGUUUUAAACGAGUUAUUAUUAUUGGUUAUCUAUAGUAAAGUAAUUGGUUAAUUAUGUAAUUUUUAGUGACUGUAGUACUGACUAAUUGAAGCUAGCAAUGUCGGUAGUACUGGCCAACCAAAGCUAGCUGUCAAUGAAUAAAUUAUAGACAAUUUCUUUCUUUUGGGAAAUAAUUAUGUUAACUAUUCGUGAAUGCAUUUCUUUGGAAGACCCUUUCAGCAGGAGUGGGGUGCGAGACGACGAUAAAUUCAAAAUUCUUCAGCAUGUGAAAAUGAUUUUCUAAAUAAAUAUUAUAACAAUUUGGAUGUA